AUGCAAUGUCUUUCGAAGAAGAUUACGGGACAACGCCAUAAAUUCACCAGAGCAGAAGAUGAAUUACUCAAGUCGCUUGUUCAAGUCUAUGGAGAGACCAAAUGGGCCUUAAUUUCGGAGAAAAUGCAAACAAGAAGUCCUAGACAGUGCCGUGAGCGCUAUAAAAACUACCUCUCUCCCAAGAUCCAAAAUUCUCCAUGGACUCCUGAAGAAGAGAAUCUCCUGAUUCAAAAAUAUCAGCAAUUAGGUCCGAAAUGGUCCAUAAUUUCUGUUUUCUUUGCUCCACGUUCAGAUGUAAAUGUGAAAAAUCAUUGGGCUGUGAUGAUGAACCGAAAUCAGAGAGAAAAGAAUUUAGCUCAGAACACAGAAAUGAGUAGUCAGUAUUCUUCCCCGACAUGCAACUCUCCUGAUCCAGAACCGGUCCGAAGGAAGCCAAUUCCUUUACCAAUGAUCAAUUCUAUUAGAAAAGAACUCGAUGAUCCAUUCUUUGAUGCCGAUUAUCACAUUCUUGAUGAUGAUUGCGAUCUUGAAUUUCAAUUUAAUUAUAAUUUAUAA